GUUUUGAAGUAUUUAAUCUGCGGCGGUCAGUUCUAUAAAAUUAGAAAAAUCUCUAAUAGUUAUAAAAAGAAUUAAAAUUUAUUGCUGCCACAAAGAAACGUUCGAAAGAGUAUUAAUGGAAGACAUAGUGUCUAAAAAUAAAAGUGAAGUGUAGUGCAUAAUCAAGUGAAACGAAUGAAAAAAUAUGUAAAAGUUACGCGACAUUGAUGUGGAAAAGGAAGCUGUGCAGUAAAAGGAAAUAAAUUCUAAUUUAAAAAGAAAAUUUCGAAAUAUACAAGAAUUUAACAAGGCAGCUAAAACUGUCUUUAAUAAAAAAUCGAAAAUAUAUAUAUAUUAGUGUAACUGCUUGAAAGCCGCAAGAGUUCUCAGCAGCGCUAUCGGGAAAGGGCAGAUGGCAUUAUACUGCAAAAAAAUGCAUAUUAUAGAUAAAUAAAGGAAAGAAGACCUACAGAAACGCUGAAAAGCAAAAAGUGAAGUCCUUUUGUCUACAAUACUUCAACUUACCUUUAAUUUUACCAAAGUGCACCAAACGGCACAGAUUUCUAUUUGCGUGUUCGAUACUUGUCGGAAAUUAGCACACAAAUUAAGAUAUCAGAAAACAUUAGGCAACGCAGAAUUGCAAAAAUACCGCGACCACAUAUUUUUGUAUGGCUGAGUGUGUUCAACAAAACAAAGAAUUAAGAACAAAAGUUAGCGGAUAUAAAUUAUUCCAAUCAUUCAAGCAUUCAAACGAUCUAACAACGAUUACGCCGUACGAAGCAACUGUCAAUAAAAGUCAAGCAACAACACAUACUUGAAUAGCAGUGGUAAUAAUUUCGCGUGUUGCAAGCCCUCACCUGCGCAGCAACUGCUUCAACGUCGCAAAAGCCCAGUUUAGCAACAGCAGCAACAACAUGAAUAAAGCCGGCAAGCAUAUACAGAGUGGUAUCGGUGUGACCACAUCACCCAAUGCCGUCAACUCAGUCGGUGCGCUCUCCACACAAAAGAACGUCAUCAAUUCCAUAAUGAGUUUUUUACCCGACAAUCGACCCAUUACGUCGUUGCAAAUUGUCGAGGACUAUGAGAAAUGCCCCAAGAAUUUCACACCCAUACAUCGUACUUAUGAUCAAGAUGCCGAUGCAGAUUUAUGGCGUGAAAAUAUACUCUUCGUCCGACACACGAAUACGCGCUAUUUAUGCUUAUCAAAGACUGAGGGCUUGCCAGAGUAUGUGGUGGAGACGCUCAAAGUGAUUCCCGAAAAGACACAACCACCCAAAGAGUUUUCGCUGCUCUCACGUACCGCCGAUACGGAACAGAAGGCGUGGCGUAAACGUCAAAUCGCCUACAAACUCACCAAACGCGGCAAUGUCACACAAGCAGUCACCGACAUAAUACUUUGUUCCAAAUUGAAAGUGGCACCGGAGGGUUUCAAGUUAGCUGGCGAUAUAAAUGGUGUAUUGAUUUGUUACAAAACCAGCGCUAUACCCAUACGUUCGCCGCCACCCAUACCGAAUGGCGGUAGUAUCAGCUAUGGCAGCAGUGAGGUGGAGAAAGCGUUAAAUCGUUUGAAUUUGAGUGGUGGUGCGGGUAAUUGGGGUGGCCCACCCAAUCAGCCGCUGCCGCCUGUGCCUAGCGACCAUGACUACGAAGAAAUACAGACUUCAUAUCAAAUCAAAUCACCACAAAGGCCUGCACCACGCCCACCAAGCACUGCAAAUUGCGCCACAAACACAUCGGGUCAUAGUGUCGGCACUUUGGGCGCCUACUCGGAAGUUGAGGGUGUGCCAUUUAUAAUAAAUCCAAUGCUAAAGCGUCAAACGGAUAAUGAAUUACCCACACUGCCACAAAUUGCGGACGUGCUUAAAGGACUCGAAUAUGAUUUUCAAUUAGAGCGACAAAUACUUUGCACCAUGAAAUCCUCAGCAUCGAAAAAUCCAUUCUUUAAAUAAACAACAGAAACCUAAUAUAUUAUUGAAAAAAAAAAAA